CACUCAGAUGAGAACGCUUUUUCUCUUUCCACCUCAAGAUCCUUUUACCCAAAGAGAAUUCCAAUGAAAAGUUGGGCCUGCCCUGAAAAUAGGGCUCACACCUCUGCGAGGUUUUUCCGAGGAAGAUUUUACUGCAAGGGUCAUAUCCCCAACCACCUGGCUAGGUCAUGGGAGCUAGCCUAGACUGGACUUUUCAGCUGAUUCUCUUUCAGUCCUGUUGGUAAGGAGAAGAAAGAACUCGGUAGAGGUCCUGAUAUGUUGUUGCUCCUGGAGCUAAAACUGAAAGGAUGUGAAAAACUGAGCAGGGAGGCUUGUUCUCUGAGGAGGAGGAUAUCUUUUGGAAAAUGCUGUCCAGUGGGGUGUGUACAUCAGCCGUCCAACUUCCUGGGAAGGUCGCUGUGGUCACUGGAGCCAACACGGGCAUUGGAAAGGAGACAGCCAAAGAACUGGCUCAAAGAGGAGCCCGCGUGUAUUUAGCGUGCCGGGAUGUACAAAAGGGGGAAUUGGUGGCCAGAGAGAUCCAAAUUGUGACUGGGAACCAACAGGUGUUAGUGCGGAAACUGGAUUUGGCUGAUACAAAAUCUAUUCGAGCCUUUGCUAAAGACUUUUUAGCAGAGGAGAAGCAUCUUCACAUUCUGAUCAACAAUGCAGGAGUGAUGAUGUGUCCCUACUCUAAGACAGCAGAUGGCUUUGAGAUGCACAUGGGAGUCAACCACUUGGGUCACUUUCUCCUGACCCAUCUGCUGCUAGACAAACUGAAGGAAUCAGCCCCAUCAAGGGUAGUGAAUGUGUCUUCUCUAGCACAUCACCUGGGAAGGAUCCACUUCCAUAACCUACAGGGUGAGAAAUUCUACAAUGCAGGUCUGGCCUACUGUCACAGCAAGUUAGCCAACAUUCUCUUCACCCAGGAACUGGCUCGGAGGCUCAAAGGCUCUGGCGUUACGACAUAUUCUGUCCAUCCGGGCACAGUCAACUCUGAACUGGUUCGGCACUCAUCCUUCAUGAAAUGGAUGUGGUGGCUUUUCUCCUUCUUCAUCAAGACCCCUCAGCAGGGAGCGCAGACCAGCCUGUAUUGUGCCCUCACCGAAGGUCUUGAGAUUCUCAGUGGGCAUCAUUUCAGUGACUGCAGGGUGGCAUGGGUCUCUGCCCAGGCUCGGAAUGAGACAACAGCAAGGCGGCUAUGGGACGUCAGCUGUGACCUGCUGGGCAUCCCUAUGGACUGACAGGUGGUAGCAGGUGGACUCAAGAGAAAUCCGCAGCAGACUACUCAGUACUCCCUGCCAAAAUGAUUCUCCUUCAUAACGGCCAAAACCUUGAGCACAAAGAAAACAAACCUUCCAGCCUUUCCUGCUUGAUGUCUGAUAAAAGCCCAGUGUAACUGCUAGAUUCAUCAAAACACGUUGCAUUAGUCCAGAUUGAUUUUGCUCUUGUUACUGCCAGACGUACAAGAGGUAUCAUAGGAUAAGAUCUUCAUAUGACCUGCAAACUCAUAUUCGCCUUCUGAAACCUACUACCUAGGAGAAUCUUAGCUAUGGCAGUGUCAAUUUAUGGCAGUUUGGAUUAGUUUCUACCCUCUUUGUUCACAAUAUAGUUCCUCCCAACCACCAACCAACUUUCAUUUCAAGAGAACCACACUGCAGCCCCAGCUGAACUCCCAGAAUCAACGGUGGCUUGGCUUAAGAGCAGGGCUCAUCCCUCAUAUGCCAACAUCUGGAUUCUCUCAGGAAGCUCUUAACUGAAUCUGGAUUAUGGGAUGGGCUUUAUCUUCAGCAACCUAAAGCCACUUUAAGACACUUUUACAUGUCGACCACAGAAGAGCUUCCUUUUCUAGGAAGUUCAUGGGGUUGGGAGGAUGGCAGAAAUAUGGAGGAAAGCAGAAAUAAAAAUCAAGUUUAAACUGUCAUUUUCCUACUGUUUCUCAGGCCAGCAAGUGGGUAAAGAAAGGAGCAGUACAGGAAGAUAGAUCACUGCCUGACUUCAGUUUACUGACCCCAGACCCAUGGAGGCCUUUUUGUGCCUUAGUUUCUCUUAGAAAAUCAGAAGAAGGGAAAGGCGAGUGAUUGUCACUGAGUAUAUCUUUGUGUGUGUUCUUAUGUAGUUAUGCAAUUGGGAUUAUUUUUACAAAAUUCAAAGUAGCUACAAAGGAACAGUAUUAAACUGGACCCUGGCGCAGGUAAGUGUUCAAAGAUGGAGAAAAGAGUGUGAUCCAAUCUUUAAUACAAAUGAGUGGAGCUACAAAGGGAAACAGAUUGUGUAUAUGUGGAUAACUACUCACCAAGAAGCACAUGAGUAGAAGGGAAGAAGCCCAAAAAAGAGAAGAAUCCUGGAAGAUAAUGCAUACAGUGAAGGGCCAGUUAAGGAUUAAAAAAACAAAACAAAACAAAAAACAGCUAAAGAUGGCAAUAUGUAACUAUAGAAGAAUUGAAGGUGAGCACCUGAGUUAGCAAGGCUGAUACUGCACUGUCUUAACAAGCACCAAUCAAUCAAGGGGGCAGAAAAAGACCCCCAAAAAACCCAAUUCUUUAUAAGGCAAAAUUAUCCUAAGGACUGAUAUUGGUAAUUUAUAGUCAAUUUAAUAAUCUUCAGGGCAUUUCCUGACAUUAUCUUGACAAGAUUAAAAUGUCUAUUUGCUAAAAACCUACAUUUAAUUUGGAGAACUCUUAUCAAAGGUAAUGCUGACAUAGGAAAUUGGAGGAAUCAGUAAUGUUCCCAUCACUUGUUUGGAGUAUGUUAUUCUAAUAGUUUGUGAUUACCUUGGACUGACAAUUACAUAUUCACUUUGGUGGGGGAAAGAGUUAUAGGACCACAGUCUUCUCAUAUUUGUAAAUGCAUAUUCUUUUGUUGCACUUGUUUUUACUAUUAAGGUAUCUAAUUUAGAAAUGGUCGUUUUAUGGAAAAAUUGGAAAAUUUUAAUAAUAGUUAAGUAGCAUAAUUGAACUCAUAUUUUACUUAAUUUAUGUUGAACUGUCAAUAACAGAAAGUUUUGGAUUAUUAUGUUUUUAUUUACCAAAAUAAAAACUGUAUUAAAUGAAAGUUUAGAGUCAACGGAAGAAAACAAUUAAAUGAAAGUUUAAUUAUAAGAAGAAAACACUUUUCAUUAUUAUGGUUAUACAAUCACUUCUCAUUUUUAAGGAUAAUUUGUCCCAGAGUCUAGCCACAGUACAGCCUCAAUCAGAUGUUAUAACUUCAAUUGUGUGAUAAUGUGAUUGUUGAUUCACCAUUUUUCUCCUUGUCUUUUAUGAUGCUGUUCAAAGAUCCCUUUUUUCCAUCCGAGGCUAUUACGUCUCCUUUUUGUACCUGCCCCUUCUAUAACAAUGCUGUGGGUCUUAUCACAGUACACUUCCACUAACAACCUCAGAUUUUGCUAUCUCUGUACUCAGUGAACAUUAGGAGCGCAACGCUUGUUGAAUCAGGGGUCAAUGAAUCAGUCUAAUAAAAAUAAAGGUCCAGGAGAUAUAAAUCACAUCAUUUCCCCCUGAACAAUCAUGUAUCUUUUAAUAUGUUUGGGCAGUUUUAUAUAUUGGGCUGCCAAGCAAAUAUUUCAGAAAAGGCUUCGAUAGGAAAAUCAUUUCAUAAGUUGAAAAUAAGAAUUUCCCGCCACUGAACCAUGAAACCCCAUGUAGUGCAGAAAAGGACUUCGUAAUUGUCAACACAUUACACACAGUGGGAAAGAGACCUGAAGACGCCGGGUCUGCCUUGCUCACCACAUUUUAAAAUAACCCAGCGCAGGGUGGCUCUUUUAUUCGCCAACAUAGGCCCAUAUCCGGCAUGAUGACUACGUGUAACAUUAACAAAGACCUGCUGAGUGAAUGAAUGCACUAGGCGAGCCCAGACGCUAGAGGCGGAGUGGGUAUUUUGGGAGUCACACUGGGGACCAUUUCUGAAAGCAUAUGACCCUGGUCACUUGACUUCCCCAGUAAAAGUGCUUUACUGCUCCAGGGUAAGCUGGAACCUGGCCCGGCUAUCUUUCGAGGGCUGAAAGCUAACGUUUAGUCAGGACGCGAACUGAGGAGGUCAGAGCGGUCAUACAGUGCGAUGACAUCGAAGAUGACUUCCAGGCGCUUACUGACACCAAACUACAGGGUGUCAGCACUACCCACUGCGGCUGUGGCAUUGACAGAACCACCGCCCCCGCCGACACAUGACUCCGGCGUCCCGGCGUCUUCCGCGCCGAACUACAGCUCCCGGCAUGCACUGCUGUUUCCCCCCCUCCCACCGCCGCCGGGAGGUGGGGCCCUGGGGGACAGGUCGGCGGGCUGCCGGUCCCGCGGGACCUCACAGUCCCUUCCGCUGUGGCUCUCUCGCCAACCCUGGACCGGGUAUUUCCGGGGCUCCAGGACUGCCGCUCGUUCCGCGUGCUGCCACCCUUUUAGGAAUCGCCCGGGCCGGCAGCCCACCCGACUUUCCGUCAGGCUUCCGCGCCCGGCGCUCCCUCAGUGACGGAAUGAAGGGGCUGGGCGUUCUGGCUCGGGAGGACCCCGCCGCGGCCCCGGAAGCGCCUCGUCCCGGGUGGUGGUGGCGGCGGUCGCCGUGAUGUCUGCGGGGCUGGGUGGCUGACCGCCGGGAUAGGAGCGGCACCGGUGCCCCAGAUCUCGGUGGCCGCUGCUGGAGCACGGCCGGCGCCAUGGCCGCCUCUGCCAUCUCCUCAGAGCAUUUCGAGAAACUUCACGAGAUCUUCCGCGGCCUCCAUGAAGACCUGCGAGGGGUGCCGGAGCGGCUCCUGGGGAUGGCAGGGACAG